UUUAAAAAAAAUAAAAUAAAAUGUAUAUUAUUAGAAUUAAUUUCAUUUUAAAAAAAAAAGACUUAUUUGAAAGAGUGACAGAGAGAUGGGGGAUGGGCCAGACUAACACCAAGAUCCAGCAACUCCAUCUGGGUCUCCCAUGUGGUGGCAGGUUACAAGUGCUUGGGUUAGUGUCUGCUGCCUUCCAGGUACACGAGCAGGAAGCUGGGUUGGAAGCGGAGUAACUGGGACUUGUACCAGUUGUAUGUGGAAUACUGGAGUCCUAAACGCAGUACCACAACGCCUGCCACACUAAUAAUGUAUUUUUAUUUAACACAGUAUAUCAGGAUGUUUCAAACAUUUGUUGAAAAUGUGCACUGCGUUGUCUCUUUAAGUUCCAUUUUCCUUGAACUUUUGGAAGUACCCUUGUUCAACAUGUAAUUGAAAUAUUAAUGCAUUAUUUUACAUUAAUUUCAUAUUAAGUCUGAAAUCUGGUAUAUAUUUUAUUUUUUUUUUUAUUAGACAGGCAGAGUUAGACAGUGAGAGAGAGAGAAAGGUCUUCCUUCCGUUGGUUCACUCCCCAAAUGGCUGCUACAGCUGGCACGCUGCGCCAAUCCGAAGCCAGGAGCUGGGUGCUUCCUCCUGGUCUCCCAUGCGGGUGUAGGGCCCAAGCAUUUGGGCCAUCCUCCACUGCACUCCUGGGCCACAGCAGAGAGCUGGACUGGAAGAGGAGCAACCGGGACAGAAUCCGGUGCCCAUAUGGGAUGUUGGCGCUGCAGGGGGAGGGAAGAUUAGCCAAGUGAGCCACAGCGCUGGUCUCCAUAUUUUAUACUUAUAACACACUUCAUUGAAGCAAAAUUUUCAUUGGAAAUACUUGGUCUAUAUUUACAGUUCAUAAAUCUUACCACUUUUUCAUCAGACAGCAGAUUAAUAUACUCAGGUUUGUCUAAGUGUAGAAAGUUUUCCCAGUAAUGAAAUAAGUGUCAGUUUUUAGAUUUAAAUUAUUUAAGGAUAAUUAAACAUUCAGUUUGAAUGGCACUGGCCUCAUCACAAGUGCAUGCCAGCCGAUGAGACUGUCAUGUUGGGCUGGGCAAGGUCAUGCCACGUGAAAUUGGCUGUCUCAUUGCCACGUGUGCGCGGGAGCCACCCAGAGUCCCGGCGCUUCACCGGAAUAGUGUUUCUCAGCACCUGUGUUGGCAGAUCCUCAUGGGGUUUGCAGUACCAGAGGGGUCAGUCCCCUAGUUUUGCAUGUGAGAAGAUGAACUUUUUUAAAAAAGUUAUAUAGAUGCCAAAAUUUAAAACAGGAAAUUAAACUACAGCUUUGGCUCAGGCCAGCAGUUUGAUGGUUAGUAGGAGUUCCUCAACUUGCUGGUUUGUGUUGUGUUUCUGAAAAGCUCUGCCUGGAAGCUUAUAUUUAAAACCAAUUCAGUGGGAUGGUGGGAGCAUUCCUGCCACCUUUUUCUAAAUUUCUUGUGGGCUCCAGGGAAGGCAGUGAGAUGGUGGACCCAGGUGGUGAUGGGGUUGUAACCAGGAUUCUGUGUUCUCAGGAGCUCCGAGUCAGUGGUGCCAGUGGAGGUGGAGCAAUGGGCAGGGGAUGGGGGCACUGAGGCAGUGAUUGUCACGCUCACUUUGUAUUCUUUGCUCACCAGGGCCAUUAUAAUUAGUAUUUACUAAAUAAUGAGGGUUCUUUUUAGUUUAUGCAAAGGAGAUUCAGUGCUGGCCUUGUGGUGCAGUGGGUUAAGCCUCUGUUUGUGAAUCCAGUAUCCCUAACAGAACACUGCUCUGCGUCACAUGCAGCUUCCUGCUAAUGUGCCUGGGAAGGCAAUGGAGGAUGGCCGAGGUACUUGUGUCCCCUCCGCUCUGUUGGGAGCUGCAGACGUAGUUCCUGGCUCCUGGCUUCAACCUUGCCCAGCCUCAGCUGUUGUUGGCAUUUGGGAACUGAACCAUUAGUUGGAAGAGCCCUCGCACGUGCGCUCUCUCUCUCUCUCUCUCUCUCCCCCCCCCUCUCUUUCUGUCCUUCUCUUGUCACUCUGCCUUUCAAGUAAAAAAAAAAUUUUUUUAAAGGAUGUUCAAAGACUUUCAUUUAAAAUCGGCUCUUUGAUUUAGACUGCUUUGUAGCUAUGUAGCUGUCUAAUGACCAGUAAAGAUGGAAAUGGUCUUUAGUUCUUCUGGGAACCAAACCUUGUUCAUACUGGAGAGUAAGGCUGAUUUCUGUUUACUGCACAGUUUCAUUGCAGCUGAUACAGAGAUGCUUCUCUGUCUCAUGUGCCCUGCAAGAGUUUGGGGUGUCAGCUAGUAAGUCCUGUUUUCUGUUUUAUUUAUUGGCCUUACAUUUUUAUUUUCCACUAAAAGUAUAUUUUGACUUUCUAUUUAUGCCUUUGUAAAAGCCAGACUGUGUAGUAGUGCCCCUAAACACCCUGAUGGGUCCAGAAUCUCAGGGAGUCAGUGAGUGGUGGGAGCUCAGGGUCCCCAGGCUUGCAGUCAGCGGUGGUCUGCCAGUGUCGUCAUUCGCUUCAGCCCUCUGCUUAAAGGAAGUAAGUACCUUUCUCUUUAAGCCAAGGAUGCCUGUUUGUAAGCGGAAGUUAGAUAAUUGGGUAGCCAAGAAUAGUGUCUUUUGCUCUUUUUGAUUGGAUCCACUGUAGGAAAUACAAUCUGUAUUAAAAAAAAGAAAUACAAUCUGUAUUGAGACCCUGUGCACAAAGGAGUAUGUACAUUGAAGCAAACGUGUUUACUUUCUGAGACUGUAAUGUACUUAAAGAGUCUCCGAUUAUGUCCGUUUUGUAAAAUAUAAAAACAAAACCCAAAAAUGCUGAUCUCAGGUGACACUAAAUUGAUGUAGUGAUCCACUCAUGGUGCUCUCACUGUGGUGUGAAAUGGUUUGGAGUGAACCCCUCCUGGUCCCCAAGAGAACCGGAUUAGUCCGCUUGGUUGUCAGACCAGCUAAAUUCCUAAGCAACAAAGAAUGGCCGAGUUGUUACUUCAACAUGUGGAAAAUGUAUUUUGAAAUUAAAUAGACAAGUAUUUGAGAGAGAAUAAGGUGAGUAGACAGAGAAAGAGCUCCCAUCUGCUGGGCACUGCCGAAGUGCCACAAGGGCAGGAGCUGGCAGCUCAGGCACUUGAGCCGUCUCUGCUGCGUCCCGUGGUCUGCAUCGGCAGGAAACCGGAGUCAGAGCUGGAGGCAGGUGAACCAGGCGCUCCUGUGUGGGAUGUGGCGUCUUGACUGCCAGCCCAGACGCCUGCACCUGGGAAGAUGCGGGUUUUCUGUGGCUAGAAUAUUGUCUUCCCUGUCCAGGGUGUCUCAUUCUGAUGAGAAGGUGUUAGCCAUGCAUUCUGAGAAAUGGAGAUCAGGCAAACUGUCUGUCUCUCUGGAUGUGUGUGUGUGUACGUAUAUUUCUAAAUGAAGGUUUAUGUGUAUCAAGUGUCUAUGUGUGUGCAUAUAUAUAGAAAUGAGUAUAUAGAUAUAUAUUUUCUCUCCAGAUUGUAGAAAAACUUAAGCAGAAAACACCUCUUUAGCUACCAGAUUAUGUAUUCUCUCUUGGAAAGGCUUCAUGGGAAACACUGCCGUGCUCUUUUUCUUAGGGGGGAGGGCAGUCUCCCCUUCCCCAGUAUCACGUCUCACAGGCAGUGCAGCCACGUACCACAUAGCAGCAGUGUUUCAGUCAGUGAGAACGCAGUCUGUGACCGUGGUCCCCUAAGAGUGUGUCGCCUAGCGACGUACUGGCCUGGUGUGUGUGAAUACUCUGGGAUAGCACCUAACAGCAAAAUCACCUAACAGUGCAUUUCUCAGGACGUGCUCUCAUCGUUAAGUGACGCGUGACUGUGAUAUGUUCUGUUUUCAGACACACUUAAGUACAUUUGAUUAGCUCUACAUUUCCCACUGUGUUGGGGGUACUGAUAGAUUGGCUACCAAAAAAAAAAAAAAAAAAAAAAAAAGGUUGCUUUCCUUUUUCAGGAGUGAGGCUGGAACCCAAACCAGGCAACCCCAGUUAUGGGAUGCAGGUGUGCCAAGUGCUCUCAAGCCGAAGGCUCGCCCCUUCUUAGAGUUAAGAUGGCAGUGUGCACUGAGUCUUAGUGAUGUGUGCAAAAUGUUUUCUUAAAGUACCAGACUUUUGUUUUUUAGUGUAAAGUUGGGGGAAUUCGUGAUUGUCUUUCCAGAUGAAUUACUCCUUUCUAAAGCUGUAGUCCAGCAGGCUCGGCUUGGGUGUUUUCCCAGCACUCCUCAGACACUAUAGGGUGGUGCUUCAGAUGCGGGCUUCAGGGAACUGCAACGCCGAGCGGCAGUGUUGGGAUCCCCAGCGUGAGUUUCCAAUUCCAAAGUUGCCAACUAAAGACAUUUUAAAAACUCACCAUUUACUACCAUCACUUCAAAAAAAAAAAAAAAAAAAAGAAAGAAAGAAAGAAAGAAACAUAUUAACAAUGACAAAAAGUAGAAUGGGCCGUCUCAGGAGACAUCUCAUUAAAGGGAAUGUAUGCAGCAUCAUGAAAACCAUUGCUCUGUAUCCCCUUUUCCUUUUUUUUUUUCUCCCUGUAGAGCAACACCAACACUCAGGUGCAGCAUGGCAGCAUGGGAACUACAUCCUAAUUACAGGCCGUCUCUUGGCACGUGUUACAGUGACUGUGUGCUCGCAGGGUUUAUUAGCCUCACUCACAGGAGCAAACCUUAUUUCAAGUUCUGGGACUGCCUGCCUCCCAUAGUGUUUACUGACUGCAAGGAUGAUGGUUUCAUUGACUCACACAUUUUAAAAAAUUACUUUGUUCUCUCUGAAUAUGUUGUGGGCAGGUAACCAUUCUGCACCAUUGUAAAAAAAAAAAAAAAAAAAGAGUCAACUCUAUUAGCUGCUAAACAAUUGUAGAAUCUGGAAGGCACAGGCCGGCGCCGCGGCUCACUAGGCUAAUCCUCCACCUUGCGGCGCCGGCACACCGGGUUCUAGUCCCGGUCGGGGCGCCGGAUUCUGUCCCGGUUGCCCCUCUUCCAGGCCAGCUCUCUGCUGUGGCCCAGGAGUGCAGUGGAGCCCAAGUCCUUGGGCCCUGCACCCCAUGGGAGACCAGGAAAAGCACCUGGCUCCUGCCUUCGGAUCAGUGCGGGGCACUGGCCACAGCGGCCAUUGGAGGGUGAACCAACGGCAAAGGAAGACCUUUCUCUCUGUCUCUCUCUCUCACUGUCCACUCUGCCUGUAUUUAAAAAAAAAAUCUAGAAGGCGAGUUAAAACUCAGGGCAGAGUUUAUCUGAUUCAUGGUGAUUAUGUAAGUAGGUCCCUCUGAGUGAUAUCACUUAGCUAUAUUUCCACCAGCCUGUUGGUCUUUAUGAGCUCAACCAUGUUAUAUACAUUAAUUUUUAUGUUCAUCACCCACUGUCACAUUUUAGAUGACAAAGAUCUGAAGUCUGGCAACCUGCGCCUGUGUCUCCUCUGACCCUUUUCCCCAGGGAAAGAAGUACUUCUUAGCUUCACCUGACUCCUGUAAUCAAGGAGGCUACAGCCCACCACUCACCGGCCUGCCCGGCUGUGAUAAAGCUGUCAGCUGGUUGUGGGAGGCACCCCAGCGAGGGCUUUGACACUUUGGCAUCAGAGUGCUGGGGCAGAGAGAGGAGAAGGCAGGGUUAUCCGUGUAGUGUGUCUGGAAGCAGUAACGCGCUGGGUCGACUUGAAUGUGAGCUUGUCGAAUUUAGUUCUUGGAAGGAUGUGUUUAUUAUUACAUAAGUAUUGAACAUAAAUGACGUGUUGGGCCCUGGAGUGCCGAGCAUACGAAGGUGAAACACCCGAGUUUGCCGUUGGAACUCAGUAAUGUAAAGGGAAAGAGUGAAGCUGCCUGUCGUAAAGCCCAGGCCGAGGGAGGCCAGAGGACAGAGAAGGAAAGAGGCCCCCAAAGAGGAAGCCUUGAGCUGUGCCUUAAAGAGCUGUUGGUGAGGAGGGCGGUGAGUCAGCGGGGGCAGUGGGGCCCUCGGGUCAGCCAGUGGGCAAGGCCUGUCCUCUGCGCUUUCUCAUGAAGUGAGGUGCACACUCAAUGUCUGCCAUACCGUGGUUGCGAGGGUUGAAUGAGAAUUUGCUCAGAGUGGCUAGCGCUUUGCUUGGGUCAGCUUUAGCUACUGUUUUCAUUAUCAUUGUUGGUAUUGCAGGCUGUGGCAGGCGCAUAGGAAAGAGGCAGCGAGUGGGGGCCCACGGGUGAGGGUUAGUGGCGGGGCAGUGUUGGCUGUCUGGAGGACACUGGAAGGGUGUUUCAGAGUUGUGUGUAUUUUGAUGGGCUUUGGAUUUGUCUUACAGUAAACAGUUUAAAGAGGCAGCAUGCCUAAUUUGAUCUCCAUGUUGAGGUCUGAAGGAAGAGGAGAGACUGGGGACUGGCAGCCAGAGCACAAGAAGCGACUGAAGAACAUAAAUUAAGGCCAUGACAGUGAAAGUGGAAAGGCCAGAUUUAGAGGCACUUCUGGAGUGGGCGCCAUGGGAUCUGACGAGAAAGGGGCCGGGGUGGUGGUGACCCCAGGCAAGGUGAAGGAAGCAUGAGGUAAGAUACGGUGGUUUCCGCAGGUGGAGCAGGGGCUUGGGUGUGUGGUAGACUGCACAGGGGAGGUGAAAGGCUGUGCGUUUUUGCUCUGGGCAAGUUUUAGAUUUGCUCCACGUUGACUGUAACUUGACAGGCAGAAACGAGGGUCUGGAGCUCGAGAGAGAAGUGGGGAGCUGUCGGUUUACACUCAGAGACUGCGGGUCAGCCAGGAGUGACAGUGCUUCCUUGGUGGUUGAUCAUGGGAACAGAAUGAGAACAGAAAAAGGGUUAGUGCGAGAGAAACCUCAGCAGGGAGGGGUGCUGGAGGUGACGGUUCUCAGCAGAGCUGUGCUCAGGGUUGGCCUAUGUAAGAUUUGGCCUCUGGUGCUGUGGCGUAGAGGAUAAAGCCACUGCCCAUAGUGCUGGCAUCUCUUAUGGGCAUCGGUUCGAGUCCUGGCUCCUCCACUUCUGAUCCAGCUCUCUGCUGUGGCCUGGGAAAGCAGUAGAAGAUGGCCUAAGUCCUUGGGCCCCUGCACCCACAUGGGAAGCUGGGAAGAAGCUCCUGGCUCCUGGCUCCAGAUUGGCGCAGUUCUGGCUGUUGUGGCAAAUUGGGGAGUGAACCAGUGGAUGGAAGACCUCUCUCUAUCUGCCUCUCCUUCUUUCUCUAUGUAACUCUGAUUUUCUAAUAAAGAGAUCUUAAAAAAAAAAAAAAUUGGCCUCUAGGAGCCGUGGAUCUGACAGGCCUGCACAUUGUUCAUUCCUGCUUGCCACUGUGUCUCCUGGAGAGGUCUCCCUGUGGGCUUUGGGGGCUCCUCCUGUCACUCCAGUGAGCACCAGGACAGGAACUCGCCGUCUCAACUGUUACCCCAGCCUCUGACUUGGGGUGCUCCGUGAGCAUUUGCUGAAUAAAUAAGCGAAUCGAGGUUCCCUUGAAGUAAGUCUGCAAAUGUUUAUGAGCACUUUCCGCGUGCCAGGAGCUAGGCUAGUGUCUCAGGAUAAAGCGGUGAGCAGCAGUCUGUGAAAAUCCCCACCAUUGUUGGGCUGACUUUCUAAAGCACGUCUGGGGAGGCUGAGAGGUCAGGCCUGCACCCAAAGGCAUUCUGUAAAGUAUGUCGUCUGGGGCACGGGAGAGGGGUCAGGUAGGAGACCCCAGGCGUGGGAGAGCCAUGGCCUUGCAUAUUGGAGGACGUUUUCCUGGGAAGCAUUCGCUGGGGGCUGAAGCCUGGGUGGAAGAGGGAGCAUGAAGCAACAGAAAGCAUUUGAAACAGUACCCUCUCCCCUCCCCAAAGAAAAAGGAAAACAGUGACACAGAGGACCGUGCUUGCAUUGUCCUCGCGGUGGCCAGCGGCUGUGCAGUGUUCAGCCGGUGAAGGAGGACGCAGCGAGGUGGGGUUUAUCUGGGCUCAGUGCUGAUUGGCUGGGCCAGGUCGUGUGGGUAACUAACCUGCGGAUGGAUGCGGCCUUCGGAGUGUACUGGUGAGUGCCAGUGUUUGCAAGAGGCCAGGCUGGGGGGUGGUGGGAAUAAACUGGAAUCAGGGCAGACUACAGGCUGGGUAGGAAGGGGUGGGAACUUAUUUAUUAGAAGGGAAAGAUAAUAUUGUUUCCUUUGUGCUUCCUGUGUUGAAUCCCAAGCAGGGUGUUCUGUGUGCUGUUCAUGAGCUCAUUUAAUCUUGGUGAAGCUCCUGGGAGCUCGCUCCUGAGGGGUUAACUGAGCUGUCCAGGUAGGAAGUGACCCAGACAGUCUUGGCGCUGGGUUUGUGUGCUGGAACUCUGUGCAGCUCUGCCUGGGGAAGAAACCAGACAGAAAGCUUCUUCCAGGCCAAGUAGCUUUGCAAUAGCUUCCUGAUGUUGCUGGGCCAGCUUUCCUGCUAGAGGAAACAUUUGGGGUGUUAUGGAAGGGGGCUCUGGACUGUUCCCCUCCCUUUUAAAAUAAGCAUCUGUUUUAGGGGAACAGUGUACAGCUGGCAAUCUGGAUCUAAGGGUUCUGCAUCCUGGAUUCAACCAAACGAGAUUGGAAAUAUGAAAAAAAAUUGCACUAAAUAGAUAGUCUUUUUUCCCCCUUAUUGUUAUUCCCUAAAGAAUACAACGUAACUAUUUACAUGUCAUUUAUGUUGUAUUGGGUCCUGUCAGUAAUCUAGAAAUGAUUUGCAGUGCAUGGGAGGAUGUGUGCAGAUUCUGUACCUGCAUUCUGCCACUGCAUGGGAGGGGCUUGAGCAUCUGUGGGUUUUGGUAUCCACGGGGCUGCUAGGCAGGAGGGCGGCCCUGGCAUGACCCUGGGAUGGCUGUACUUUAUAUAGAAUGCCUAAUUUUCUCCACCUGCUCUGCUCAUGAGUGAACAGCUUUAAACAAGGGCUGCCUGACAAUUCACAAUCAGGAAAUACUUUAAAUGCAAAUUAGUCUAUGAGUUAUGUGAACCCCAACACCUUCUCUUCUCACCUGCUCUCUCCCUGCCAAGUAGAGAAAAAAAGCUGGAGGUGCUGCCCUUCCACCAGUUUGAGGGACGGAGAGACUGAACAGAAGCUUGGCUGAUGGGUGUGUUGAAAGGAGGGAAUUUAGGAUGCCUGUUGAAGGAAUGCUAUCAGCGUCUGCAGGAUGUGUGGCAGGGCGAGGGUAGAUACAAUUCCUAGUUUGACAAGCACAGGAAUGUGUCUCCUUCCUGGGCAGACUCACUUGUGUUUUAGAUUGCAGAGACUGGGUAUGCUUCAGAUUACAUAAACUAGUUGUGUCUUGGAUUACAGACUGGUUGUUUUAGAUGGUGUAGAUGAGUUGUUUUAGAUUGCAUCAACUAGUCAUGUCUUAAUUGUAUAGAUCAGUUGGACUUGCAAGGAUUGGAGUCCCUGGAGAUGCGUCCGUUGGGGCCCAGGCCCUUGGUAAUCCCAGGGGAGGCCUCCUGUCAACUUUCCUUGUAGGCUGAUGGAAGCACAGGCACUGUGCAAAUGCAAUGUGUUGUUGGCUUUGUGCUUCUGUGUGAGAGGAGAACAACAGGCAGAGACCACACCUCGGCGUUUGCUUCAUGCUUUCGCAGUCUGGCUUUGCUCUUGCAGCAGUGUGGGAGGAAUGCCGUUCCCUCUUCCAUCUCUUCAGCAUCAACAGAGUUUCAUAGUUUUAAAAGAAACAGCACACUAAAACCACACUAAGUCUCACAUGCCAAGAAAGCAUAGGCAUUUUAAACAUCGGAAAAAGAGCAGAUAGAUCACCUGGCAUUACUUGCUGGCAACUUUGAGAAUCCCUCCUGAUCCUAGUGUUCUCAGUUGAUGCCACAAGUUGGACAUGCCUCACCUGCUGGCGCCUUUCUAUUUCCAAUUGGUUAAUUACGUAGGACUAGCUUUUUUGCCUCAUCCAUUUCUUUUUAAAGUUGAUGUAGUUUUCUUUAUUUGUAAGGCAGAGAGAGAAAAAGGUAUAUCUUCCAUCUUCUGCUGGUUCACUCCCCCAAAUGCCUGCAACAACUGGGGCUGAGCUUGGCCAAAACCAGGAGCCAGAAGUUAGAAACUCCAUCAGGGCCGGCGCCGCGGCUCACUAGGCUAAUCCUCCGCCUAGCGGCACCAGCACACCGGGUUCUAGUCCCGGUCGGGGCGCCGGAUUCUGUCCCGGUUGCCCCUCUUCCAGGCCAGCCCUCUGCUGUGGCCAGGGAGUGCAGUGAAGGAUGGCCCAGGUGCUUGGGCCCUGCACCCCAUGGGAGACCAGGAGAAGCACCUGGCUCCUGCCUUCGGAUCAGCGCGGCGCGCCGGCUGCAGUGGCCAUUGGAGGGUGAACCAACGGCAAAGGAAGACCUUUCUCUCUGUCUCUCUCUCUCACUGUCCACUCUGCCUGUCAAAAAAAAAAAAAAAAAAAAAAAAAGAAACUCCAUCAGGGACCCAAGUACCUGAACGGUCAUCUGCUGCCUUGUGUGUUGAGUUAGCUGAGAGCUGGAUCGGAAGUGGAAGUGGGCCUCCGUCCCAGGCACUCUGACGGGGUGUCGGCAUCCCAGGUGGCAGCUUAACUUCCUUGCACCACAACACCUGCCCGUCAUCUUUUUUUUUUUUUUCUUUCUUCUGACUACUAGGAUGGCCCAUAGUGUGCCACAUUAUUAACAUCUUUUUUAAGAAGUAUUGAUUUAUUUGAAAGGCAGAACAUUGGAGGAAGAGGGAGAGAUAGCUAGUUCGCUUCUCAAAGGCCUGUAACAGCUGGGACUGGGUCAGGCCAAGCCAGAAGUCCAGAACUCCAUCUGAGUCUCCCAUACAAGUGGUAGGGACCCAAGUACUUGGGCCAUCAUCUGCUUCCUUCCCAGGCAUGUUAGUAGGAAACUGGACUGGAAGUGGAGUAGCCAGACAGGAGCCAGCCCUCCAGUAUAGGAUAUAGGUGUCCCAGGUAGUGGUUUAACCUGCUGUACCACAGCACCCACCCUAGCAGCUUUUUAUUUUUAAUUUAUUUGACAGGUAGAGUUAUAGAUAGUGAGAGAAAGAGACAGAGAGAAAGGUCUUCCUUCCGUUGGUUCACCCCUCAAAUGGCCACUAUGGCCGGCGCUGCGCCGAUCCGGAGUCAGGAGCCAGGUGCUUCUUCCUGGUCUCCCAUGCGGGUGCAGGGGUCCAAGCACUUGGGCCAUUCUCCACUGCCCUCCUGGGUUACAGCAGAGAGCUGGACUGGAAAAGGAGCAACCAGGAUUAGAACUCAGUGCCCAUAUGGGAUGCUGGCACCACAGGCAGAGGAUUAAUCAAGUGAGCCACGGCGUCAGCCUGCAGCUUUGGUUUUUAAGAUUGCCUACUUAUGGGGCCAACACUGUGACAUAGUGGGUAAAGCUGCCAGCUGAAGUGCCAGCAUCCCAUAUGGGUGCCAGUUCAAGUCCUGGCUGUUCCACUUCCAAUCCAGCUCUCUGCUAUGGCCUGGGAAAGCAGUGGAAAAUGUUUUAAAUCCUUGGGCCCUGCACCCAUGUGAGAGACCUGGAAGAAGCUCAAGGCUCCUGGCUUCGGCUUGGCCCAGCUUCUGCCAUUGUGGCCAUUUUGGUAGUGAACUAGCAGAUGGAAGACCUCUCUCUCUCUCUCUGUCUCUGUCUUUCUCUCUGUCUUGAAAGGCAGAGUUACACAGGAAAGGCAGAGAGAGAGAGAGAGAGAGAGGAAGAUCUGCCUUUCAAAUAAAUAAAUAAAUCUCUAAUGGAUUUUUAAUAAUGUGAUCUUAUGUCAGAUGUGAAAUGCUAGUAUUCAGGCAACAGAGCUGGUUAGGUUAAAAUACACACACACACACACACACACACACACACGAUAACUCCCUGCUGAGAACUGUCUCAUCCAUCCAGUCAUUCCAGUGCCCUGAGGCCUGGAUUUGUUACGGUCUCUAGGGCCACUUGGCACCUUUAUUUAAGUUGAGGUACAGAAUAAAUUCUGUUGAUCCCUCAUUUCUUUUCUCCCAGAAUUCUGGUACCUUCUCCUGAGUGAGAGUUAGUUGGUCACUCAGUUUUGGGUCAUGGAGCUUUCAUGCUGGUGUUUUCUGUGUUCCCUUGGGUUUGGCUGGGGCCACUGAGGGAGUCACAUGCUUCAUGCUAGAAGUUCUGACCCGGUUUUGAGCGGGUUCUCCUGAGAUCCCCUGUGGACACGUUUUCAACCUUCGCUGUGAAUCCUGCUGAGGUUUUCCACAGGUUCUGGGGAGAGGACAUAAAUGAUCCUCCUCGCACGCUGGUUACCCAGCAGACACUUCCCAUGACUUCGUCCAGUCCUCCUGGUUACCCAGGGAGACACUGAGGCCCUGUGGCUGUGGAGGUGGUAGAACCAGGUGCGUGACUCCAAAGGGUGCCCUCUUCCAAGCCUGCUUAAAUGCAGCUCAGCAUAGUUUUUUAAUUGACACUGUGGCUCACUGUUUCGUCAAGUGGAGUGUCUUCAGUAAAAUACAGAAAGCUAUGAUGGGGGAAGAUGGCUUCAUGGGUGUCCUCAGCCCUGUGCCCAUGGCAUGCAGAGUGGGAAGUCUUAGGAGGUGCCCAGGAUAGACCCUGAAAGGCAUUUUUUCUUUCUGAGCUGCAUGACAGAGCAACUGAAAAAGAAAAAUAACUGAUUGGCUAAAAACUUUAUUUCAGGCAAUUAAUUGAAAAACCAAAUUGAUUAACAGAGGGGCAUUUUUAAAAAGGAUCUUAACUGUAUCAAGUGUAAGUUGUAAUUUUUAUGUGUAAUCAAAUAGGGCUUAUCAAAGCUAUAAUGAAGAAAAUGAAAAUCAUUUGUAAUUAGACAAUAAUUAAAGGUAAGUACAUGCUUAGUGAUUUUAAAGUGCUUGAAAACAAUUAGUUUUCUUAAGUAGGUUAGACAUCUGGGUUAGCAGCUUGUUUACACCAUUAAUUUACUUAGCAAACCUGUUCUUCCUAGAUGUUGCAAAGGUGAGAUUUAGCUUAGCUCUAUAUUAUCUUGAAGUUCUAACUUAGUAAGUGUCCUUUUUAAAAAGUAUGAUUUUAUUUAUUUUUAAUUCUAAAAGUAUUAUUCUUUUCUUCCUUUUUUGUAUUAUUCUUUUCUUCCUUUUUUGUCUGCUGAACAAUUAAGUCCUAAAGGCCACUGAGUAGGCAGAGCAAGGUAGAUGACCUGGCUAGUGGUGUUGGAAGCUGAGCAGAGUGAGGAGGCCUUCACACAGAGGGAGCUGCUGAUGUGGCAUAUCAGAGCCUGGGAGGGGAGAAAGGCCACGUUGGACUGGGCUGGCAGCAGCAGUGGGAGAUUGGUUCAAUAGGAAGGCAUUGAUUGAGUGGGUAUGUUCAGGAUAAUGGCAGGCAGUUCUUGUGUUGGGGCAGUAUGUUAGAGUAAUGCUUUUGAAAAGAAGACAAGUAGUGAGUUACGUGGAAUUAGAAGUGCUGGUGUGAAUGCCUGGGCUGUAGUCAGUACGGAAACUGCACAGGGCAUGCUUGUGUGUUGGCGUGCAUGCAUGUGCCCAUGCACGUAUCUCUCCCUUUCCUAGUUCUGGGGUGUCUGGGGCAGCAGUGCUCAAGAGCAGUAAGUGCGUCCAGAUCCCCACUGUCUGCUUCUUGGUGCAAUGGCUCACCUUUGGUUUGGGCUGGAAAACGUUUAAGAUGAACGCAGAACAUGUUACGUUAGAAAGCAAGGAAGUCUUCGAAGAAUGAUGGAGACAUGCCAGAAGGACACAGAAGCCUGUUUGGAGGGGCUUCCACUGGCCAAAUGUAGAGGUCAUUGGUCAUCAGAAUUUAAGAGGCCUGUGAUAGUCAUGAAUUAAAAACUAUGAGUAGGGGCCAGCACUGUGGCGUAGUGAGUAAAGCCGCCACCUGCAAUGCCGGCAUCCUAUGUGGGUGCCAGUUCAUGGUCCGCUGCUUCACUUCCAAUCCACUGCUAAUGGCCUGGGAAAGCGGUGGAAGGUGGCCCAAGUGCUUGGGCUCCUGCACCUGCGUGGGAGACCCAGAAGAAGCUCUUAGCUCCUGCCUUCGGACUGGCCCAGUUCCGGCUGUUGCAGCCAUCUAGGGAGUGAACCAGCGGAUGGAAGACCUCUCUCUCUCUCUGUAACUAACUCUACCUCUCAAAUAAAUAAAUAAAUAAAAUCUCAAAACAAAAACAAACCUAUGAGUAUUGACUAAAAGAGAAAGCUAACAGUUCUCAUAUAGUUUCCACCUACUUUGCAAGGAAACCCAAGUUUAGAGUCCUUAUUAAGUUCAGAGUUUGAGGAUUAGAUUAUUUAAAUUUCAAAAUACCUCUCCCCCAGAUAGCUACUGGUUACAAAGGAGAGAAAGAGGAGCAUUCCAGCAAGAAGCUGGCAGGUGCCACCCUAGCCAGGUGAUUCGAGUACACAUGCUCAGCAGAGGGACCAAUCGCAGUGGUGCCACCUGGCAGGCCUCUGUGAUGUUCCCUCCCAGGCACUUGGCCUGAAUCUCACCACCCACCCAGUUUUGAAGACAUUCUACCAAGUAAUCGGCCAGUGAGCUUCAAACAUUUCAAGGUCAUGAAAGGCCAGGUAAGACUGAGGAACUCUUCCAAACUGAAGGAAACUAAAGAGACAUUCAGCUAGUGCAACACAUGAUUCUGGCCUGGAUCUCUUUGCUGUAAAGGCCGUUGUUGGGGGCCAGUGUUGUGACUCAGCAGGUUAAACCAUCACCUGUGACACUGACUUCCUGGAUCUGAGUCCUGGCUGCCCUGAUUUGCAUCCAGCUCCCUGCUAAUGAACCAGGGAAAGCAGCAGAAGAUGGCCCCAAGGGCUUGGACCCCUGCUACCACCCAUGUGGGAAACCUGGAUGGAGUUCUAGGCUCCUGGCUCCUGCUUGGCUCAGCCCCUGCCAUUGUAGCCAAUUUGGGAAAUGAACCAGCAGAUGGAGGAUCUCUCUCUCUUUCUCCCUGUCUCCCUCCCUCCCUAACUGCCUUCCAAAUAAAUAAAUCUUUAAAUUAAAAAAAAAAAAAAAGGCUGUUAUUGGGUAAAGCUUGAAUGGGGCUUGAGGAUGAGAUGGUAAAAAUGUUUCAAUGCUAAUUUUCUGGUUUUGAUGGUUGUAUUGUAGUUACCUAGGACACUGAUUUCAUCUUGUUUCUAGAAAAACACAUACUAAAGUGUCGCUCCCCCUCUUCAUGGAGGAACGACACUAAGCCCUGCCUAGGCUUCAUAUCCGAGUCACGGCACCAUUAUGUCGCUCCCCCUCUUCGCGGAGGAACGACACAGGACCCUGCGCUGUUCUUUUGUCUGCUCGGCCCUCCCCGGGUUUGCUGCUGGUUCUUCCCGGGUUGGCUACCGUCCCUUCCACCUCCGUGGAAGGGCGGUUCCCCCUGCCACUUUCCCCACUUCUGCGGGGGAGCGGCACACCGCUGGCCGGCUCUCUCGGGGGCUGCACAGGUGUUCCUUCAGAUAGAUGUUCCUGGUGCAUGUUGUCUCUCUCCUCCUUUAUAGUCCUCUUCCACCAAUCCCAACUCUGCUACCCACACGCCGAGUACGCUGCUCUCCUCCAAUCAGGAGUAGGUCCUGCUGCUUAUUGGUUGAACUGGAGGCAGCUGUGUAGAAGCUAUUUCCUCCUCUCCCAGCGCCAUACUGUGGGAGAGCAGAUGCAUAGAAUAAGUCUUAAUUCCAGUAACUUAGUCUAGUCCCAGUUGCUCCCCACACUAAAGUAUUUGGGGUGAUGAAAUAUCAGAUUGGCAAGAUUACUCGUGAUGAUUUUGAGGUAGAGAUACUUUGCAUUGUCCUUGCAACUUUUCAGUAAGUUUGAGAUUGUUUCAAGAUUGAAGAAAAUAAUAUUCUUGCCUAAAGUUUAAACCAUAAGAAGCAUGUAAGAUUUAAAAAGUGUCCUAUUUCUUGUUUUAGGGAGUGUGUGUGUGUGUGUGAGAGAGAGAGAAUGUACAUAAAUGUCUGCUGUCGACCACACCGAGUGCUCACUGUAUGCUAGGUGUGCUGCCUUCCUAGCAGUCACGGUGCUCAUCCAGCAGAGCAGCUCCUGUGUUAGCUGGAGGUGCCUUCACUCCCUGAAACUCCCGCGUGAGAGGCGGAGCAAGGUGUAGUGGGAGCGUGAGCUCUAAAUUCUUCUCCCAGCCCUGCCAGUGACUUCACUGUGCCUACAUACUCUUAUCUGCAGACUAGAGAUGCCACCUGUCCUGGUCUAAGAGACAGUUGUGAGAAUUACGGGAGGUGAUCCAUGUGGUAACCUCACACUCACGUACGGCACAAAGCAAGUGCUCAGUAAAUGGUAGCUCUCACGGGUGGACAUUUAGGUGAUGAUUUUGUACUUUUACAAAUAAUUAAAAUUGCCUUGCAUAUAUUUUUGCAUUUUUAUAUUUUUUAAAAGACAUGUCCAUUUAGAACCUGUGAAUAUGACCUUAAAAAAAAGUUUACUUUUAAAAUUUACUUGAAAGGCAGAGUUGGGAGUGGGGAGAGAUUGAUCUUCUGUCUACUGGUUCCCUCCCCAGAUAACCACAGCAUCUAGGGUUGGGCCAAGAGCUCCCUGGGUCUCCCAUGGAGGUGCAAGGCCCAAGCACUUGCUCCAUCUCCUGCUGCCUCCCAGAGUGUGCAUUAACAGGAAGCUGGAUCGGAAAUAGAGUAGCCAAGAUUCAAACCAGGCACUCUGACAUGGGAUGCAGGUGCCCCAAGACUGGCUUAACCUGCUGCACCACAACACUACCCGUCUUUAUGCUUUGGAACCACCUAAUAUUUGGUUGUCUUUCUGUCGUGAAGUUUUGCUGUUCAGUGAUUCUUGUUGGUCUGCAUGUGUGACGUGAAGACCUGACUGGAGAAUGGGGAAUGUUUGUCUGAAAUUCUGUGCCAUGUAGACCUAGCUUUGGAGCAGUAAAGGAAUGUGAAAUGCUGGCUUCCUUCCAGAUUUACCUCUACUCAGAUGUUGUUCUGUUAGCAUUUUUAUAUAGCAGUUUCCCCAUUUUCAAAUAACACAACUUUAAAAUUGCUAGGUAAUUUAUUUUGAUCAAGGUUGAAAUGAUCAUGUAAUGCUAAUCACUGGGAAUUGUGAAAUUACUUUUAUCUCAAGUAACAUAAUCAAAGAGAAUACUGUCUAUGAAGUUUUGAGCACUUUGCCUGACGGAUUUUGAAUGCCAGAGAAAGGAGUGGAUAUUAAUUCCUGCUUGUCCUAGUUUAGUUAAAGUCAUUUAUUUGAUGAUUAUAUUCCUGUAUAUCCUGCUUGAAAAAUCACAACAGGUUCUUAGACCUCUACAUUAGGUAGGUGGGUUUUUUUUUUUUUUGGCCUUUAGCAGGCCUGUUUUUGCAAGUGACCAACUUCCUAUUUUGAGUCUUUGAACAAGAAUGUUGCUACUUAUAGCCUUUGAUUUGAAAGAAUUAAAAAAUAACUCAUUUUUAGGGUAUUAUGAUUACAAAUAGAUACUGAUUUUCCUGCAGUCAUUGGAGGAAUGUAAAUAAACCAUUGCUACUGUGAAUGUAUAAAAACUCAUAGAGGACAGGAGAUGUGCUCAAAAAUUGUGAGGCAAAAGUGAGUCAGUCUAUCAAAAGAGGGGACCCGUUCUUUAAAGGGAAUCAGAUUUAUGCAUGGUCUCAAGAUGGCAGGUCUUCUCAGUUUGGAGAUACUUGGCCCACCAGUGUUGGAUGGAAAACCUCAUGGCUUUGUGAAGACCUUGGUGUUUCUUUGUGUUGCCUGCCUAGUUCUUGAAGACAUGUUGAGGGGGCUGUCUGCCCAGUGCCUGCUGGAGCAGCAUGGGAGGGGACUGAGAGGAGGGACAGCCACAGGUGGGGUAGCCCCUGUCCUUGCUCACCUGAGAGCCUGUAGGAUGGGCCCUCAACCUGCCUGCCAUCUGCUUUGCACCCACACACUUUGCCUUUUAGGCCUCUUAUCUUGGACAGUGAUGAGGCUGAGUUCCGUGUUGAACGGGCUUCAGCUUUGCAUGCAGGUUGGUAUUCGCUUACUCAGAGGUUUCAGAAAGUGCUGGCCGCCGCCGAUCAGCCUGUCUGGUUGAGUGUAAUAAAGAGAACCAGUGACCGGUAAGCACUUGUUGAGCAAACUUAACCAGUAGCUCAAAACAAAACAUAUUUUUGGUCCUAGGCUGUUGGUGUUUCCCAGCCCGGUGAGGACUCUGUAGUACAUCACAAAGACCUCACAUGUCACAGCAUGCCAGUGUCCCCUGCCGGGCCCGGCUCGCCCCUUAGUGGGUUCCCAUCAGGGCUGCUUCUGGCUGCAUGACCCCCAUUCCUCUUUCCAUCAGUCCAUGUCCCACCAUUUGCCCUUCCAUGACAGCAGUCUGCUUCUGCUUUAAGCUCUUCAGGUAAUGUCUUCAAAAUGCAAAGGUGGACAGGUGUGCAGUGACGCGGGACUGGGAAGAGAGAAGGAGCAAGAAAGGGAAGAACAGUUAAUGGAAGACAAGAAAAGGAAGAAAGAGGAUAAGAAGAAAAAAGAAGCCACUCAGAAGGUCACGGAACAAAAAACCAAAGUGCCCGAAGUGACGAAACCAAGUCUAAGCCAACCAGCGGCCGCCAGCCCAAUUGGCAGCUCCCCAUCGCCACCAGUCAAUGGUGGCAACAAUGCCAAAAGGGUGGCAGUGCCGAACGGACAACCGCCAAGCGCCGCCCGCUACAUGCCUCGGGAGGUGCCGCCGCGAUUCCGUUGCCAGCAGGACCACAAAGUGUUACUAAAACGUGGACAGCCCCCUCCGCCGUCCUGCAUGCUCCUCGGGGGCGGGGCAGGGCCUCCUCCCUGCACAGCACCUGGAGCAAACCCAAACAACGCACAAGUGACAGGGACGCUGCUGCAGAGUGAGAGUGGGACUGCACCAGAGUCAACCCUUGGAGGUGCUGCUGCUUCAAAUUAUGCAAAUCCCACUUGGGGCCCGGGGGCCUCCAACAACGGCGCCUCCCCCAACCCAAUUCACGUCUGGGACAAGGUGAUUGUAGACGGGUCUGACAUGGAAGAGUGGCCUUGCAUUGCCAGCAAAGACACUGAAUCUUCUUCCGAAAACACCACCGAUAACAACAGUGCCUCGAACCCUGGCUCUGAGAAGAGCGCUCUGCCAGGAAGCACCACUAGUAACAAAGGCAAAGGGAGCCAGUGCCAGCCUGCAACUUCUGGGAACGAAUGUAACCUUGGGGUCUGGAAGUCUGACCCCAAGGCUAAAUCUGCUCACUCUUCCACCUCUACCACGGAGAGCAACAGUGGACUAGGAAAUUGGAGGAAUGCAAGUGGUCAGGAUAGAAUUGGACCUGGCUCUGGUUUCAGCAACUUUAACCCAAAUAGCAACCCAUCUGCCUGGCCAGCGCUGGUCCAAGAAGGAACUUCUAGGAAAGGGGCAUUGGAGACGGAUACUAGUAAUUCUAGUGCACAGGUUAGCACAGUAGGUCAGGCGUCCAGGGAACAGCAGUCAAAGAUGGAAAAUGCGGGUGUUAACUUUGUUGUCUCUGGCAGAGAACAGGCUCAAAUUCAUAACACUGAUGGACCAAAAAAUGGAAACACUAACUCCUUGAACUCAAGUUCACCAAACCCCAUGGAGAAUAAGGGAAUGCCCUUUGGAACGGGCUUGGGGAACACCUCCAGGAGCACUGAUGCCCCUUCACAAAGCACUGGAGAGCGAAAGACUGGGAGUGUUGGAUCUUGGGGUGCAGCUAGGGGGCCUUCUGGAACUGACACAGUCUCUGGACAAAGCAAUUCUGGAAACAAUGGGAACAAUGGAAAAGAUAGAGAGGACUCCUGGAAAGGAGCUCCUGUUCAGAAAUCAACCGGGUCAAAAAAUGACUCUUGGGACAAUAGUAACAGGUCUACGGGUGGGUCCUGGAACUUUGGCCCUCAGGACUCUAAUGACAACAAGUGGGGUGAAGGGAACAAAAUGACAUCUGGGGUCUCUCAGGGAGAAUGGAAACAGCCGACUGGGUCUGACGAGUUGAAAAUUGGAGAAUGGAGUGGUCCAAACCAACCAAAUUCUAGCACUGGAGCAUGGGACAAUCAAAAGGGCCACCCCCUCCCUGAAAACCAAGGCAAUGCCCAGGCUCCCUGUUGGGGAAGAUCUUCCAGCUCCACGGGAAGUGAAGUUGGGGGUCAGAGCACUGGAAGCAACCACAAAGCAGGAAGUAGUGACAGUCAUAAUUCUGGCCGUCGGUCAUACAGGCCCACACAUCCUGAUUGUCAGGCUGUCUUGCAGACUCUUUUGAGCCGAACUGAUUUGGACCCCAGGGUGCUCUCAAACACUGGCUGGGGCCAAACUCAAAUUAAGCAGGACACGGUGUGGGAUAUCGAAGAGGUGCCAAGGCCCGAGGGGAAAUCUGACAAAGGAACUGAGGGGUGGGAGAGCGCUGCCACACAGACCAAGAACUCAGGGGGCUGGGGAGAUGCACCCAGCCAAAGCAAUCAAAUGAAGUCUGGGUGGGGGGAGCUCUCAGCCUCUACAGAGUGGAAAGACCCCAAGAACACAGGAGGCUGGAGUGACUACAAGAACAACAACUCUUCCAGCUGGGGAGGAGGCCGACCAGAUGAGAAGACCCCUUCCUCCUGGAGUGAGAGCUCCAGCAAGGAUCAGGGGUGGGGAGGAGGGCGCCAGCCCAGUCAAGGAUGGGCCUCGGGAAAGAAUGGUUGGGGCGAGGAAGUGGAUCAAGCGAAAAACAGCAACUGGGAGAGUUCUGCAAGUAAGCCUGUGUCUGGGUGGGGUGAAGGAGGGCAGAAUGAAAUCGGAACUUGGGGUAACGGUGGGAAUGCAAGCCUCGCUUCCAAAGGUGGGUGGGAGGAUUGCAAAAGGUCCCCAGCGUGGAAUGAGACUGGCAGGCAGCCCAAUUCCUGGAGUAAACAGCACCAACAGCAGCAGCAGCCACAGCAGCCACCGCCACCACAGCCAGAGGCUUCCGGCUCCUGGGGAGGCCCACCUCCGCCACCUCCGGGCAGCGUCCGGCCUUCCAGUUCCAGCUGGAGCAGCGGGCCGCAGCCCACAACCCCGAAGGACGAAGAGCCCAGCGGCUGGGAGGAGCCGUCCCCACAGUCAAUUAGUCGGAAGAUGGACAUCGAUGAUGGCACGUCAGCGUGGGGAGACCCCAACAGUUACAACUACAAGAAUGUGAAUCUGUGGGAUAAGAAUUCCCAGGGGGGCCCUGCACCUCGAGAACCAAACCUGCCCACCCCGAUGACCGGUAAAUCAGCGUCAGUCUGGAGCAAAAGCACACCACCUGCUCCAGAUAAUGGUACUUCAGCCUGGGGUGAGCCGAACGAGAGCAGUCCUGGGUGGGGCGAGAUGGAUGACACAGGAGCAUCGACCACGGGCUGGGGGAACGCACCCACCAACACUCCCAAUACCAUGAAACCCAAUUCCAAAUCUAUGCAAGAUGGCUGGGGGGAGAGUGACGGACCAGUCGCAGGAACUCGCCAUCCCAGCUGGGAAGAGGAGGAGGAUGGAGGAGUCUGGAACACCGCCGGCUCUCAGGGAAGCACUUCCUCCCACAACUCAGCAAGCUGGGGACAAGGAGGAAAGAAACAGAUGAAGUGCUCACUGAAAGGAGGAAACAGUGAUUCGUGGAUGAAUCCUCUAGCCAAGCAGUUUUCAAACAUGGGAUUGCUGAGUCAAACUGAAGAUAAUCCAAGCAGCAAAAUGGAUUUGUCUGUAGGAAGCCUUUCAGAUAAGAAAUUUGAUGUGGACAAGCGAGCAAUGAAUCUCGGGGAUUUUAAUGAUAUCAUGAGGAAGGAUCGAUCUGGGUUCCGUCCACCUAAUUCCAAAGACAUGGGAACCACAGAUAGUGGGCCUUAUUUUGAGAAGCUGACUUUGCCUUUCUCCAAUCAAGAUGGGUGCCUUGGGGAUGAGGCUCCCUGCUCUCCCUUCUCCCCUUCUCCCAGCUACAAGCUGUCUCCCUCUGGUUCCACACUACCCAACGUCAGCCUUGGAGCAAUCGGCACAGGGCUCAACCCCCAAAACUUCGCUGCUAGACAAGGCGGUAAUCACGGCUUGUUUGGAAACAGCACAGCACAAUCGAGAGGUCUGCACACACCAGUGCAGCCACUGAAUUCUUCUCCUGGUCUCCGGGCGCAAGUGCCUCCCCAGUUUAUUUCUCCCCAGGUGUCUGCCUCAAUGCUUAAGCAGUUUCCCAACAGUGGCCUGAAUCCAGGUCUUUUCAAUGUGGGGCCCCAGUUAUCUCCUCAACAAAUUGCCAUGCUGAGCCAGCUUCCACAAAUUCCCCAGUUCCAGUUGGCAUGUCAGCUUCUCCUGCAGCAGCAGCAGCAGCAGCAGUUGCUACAGAACCAGAGAAAGAUUUCUCAAGCUGUGCGCCAGCAGCAGGAGCAGCAGCUGGCCCGGAUGGUGAGCGCGCUGCAGCAGCAGCAGCAGAGGCAGCCCAGCAUGAAGCACUCGCCGUCCCACCCUGUUGGGCCCAAGCCACAUCUGGACAACAUGGUACCCAACGCACUGAAUGUGGGGCUCCCCGACCUUCAAACCAAAGGGCCAAUGCCUGGAUACGGUUCUGGCUUCAGCUCUGGCGGCAUGGACUAUGGCAUGGUUGGUGGGAAGGAGGCCGGGACUGAGUCUCGCUUUAAACAGUGGACCUCCAUGAUGGAAGGACUGCCCUCCGUAGCCACACAGGAAGCCAGCAUGCACAAAAACGGCGCUAUAGUAGCCCCAGGUAAGACCCGAGGAGGGUCACCGUACAACCAGUUUGACAUCAUCCCAGGUGACACACUGGGUGGCCAUACGGGUCCUGCUGGUGAUAGCUGGUUACCUGCCAAAUCUCCACCAACAAAUAAACUCGGAAGUAAAUCCAGCAAUGCCAGUUGGCCUCCAGAAUUCCAACCAGGAGUGCCAUGGAAAGGUAUCCAAAACAUUGACCCUGAAUCUGACCCCUACGUCACCCCAGGAAGUGUGCUGGGGGGCACAGCCACAUCUCCCAUUGUAGAUACUGACCACCAACUGCUGCGGGAUAACACCACAGGGUCUAAUUCUUCCCUCAACACCUCGCUGCCUUCACCUGGUGCCUGGCCCUACAGUGCCUCUGACAACUCCUUUACCAACGUCCAUAGCACUUCAGCAAAGUUCCCUGAUUACAAAUCAACAUGGUCCCCAGAUCCCAUAGGACACAACCCCACUCAUCUCUCCAACAAGAUGUGGAAAAACCAUAUUUCCUCCAGGAACACUACACCGCUGCCCCGCCCACCUCCCGGUCUGACUAACCCCAAACCGGCAUCUCCCUGGAGCAGCACAGCACCCCGAUCAGUCAGGGGGUGGGGGACACAGGACUCACGGCUUGCCUCGGCCUCUACCUGGAGUGACGGUGGCUCGGUCCGUCCUAGUUACUGGCUGGUUCUUCACAAUCUCACUCCACAGAUUGACGGGUCAACCUUGAGGACGAUUUGCAUGCAGCACGGUCCACUGCUGACAUUCCAUCUGAAUCUGACCCAGGGCACUGCCCUGAUCCGAUACAGCACCAAACAGGAGGCGGCCAAGGCCCAGACGGCACUGCACAUGUGUGUGUUGGGAAACACUACCAUCCUGGCUGAGUUUGCCACCGAUGAUGAAGUUAGCCGCUUUCUGGCACAAGCUCAGCCCCCUACACCUGCAGCAACCCCGAGCGCACCUGCCGCGGGGUGGCAGUCGCUGGAGACCGGCCAGAACCAGUCAGAUCCCGUCGGACCUGCUCUGAAUCUUUUCGGUGGGUCCACUGGGCUGGGGCAGUGGAGCAGCAGUGCUGGUGGCAGCAGCGGGGCCGAUCUUGCUGGCGCUUCGUUGUGGGGGCCCCCCAACUAUUCUUCUAGCUUGUGGGGAGUCCCGACUGUGGAAGAUCCCCAUAGGAUGGGCAGCCCUGCUCCUUUACUACCUGGUGACCUUCUGGGAGGAGGGUCGGAUUCAAUCUGAACUUAGAACUUUCAACUCUGACCUCGUGACCUUUUUUGGAACAGCAGCAGCACUAACUUGACCUUUUCGUUUUUUUUUUCAACUUGCAAUAAAUACAUUUUUAAAAGGAAAAAAGAAAACGGAGAGAGAAAAAAAAAGGUGGGUCAUUGACAGACUGUCUGAGCACAUAGUUGCCUCCCUUCUAACUUCAGUUUUUCGUUUGGAAAAUGAAUCCAAAAAGAGAACAUAUCACUCUUGAAAUACUUGAAUCAUGAACGCCAACCUAGAAAGACAAUGUGAAGCAAGUACACAUACCAUUUAAAUUCAAACACAAAAAAUUAAAAAAAUUAGUUUCUAGUUUUUCACUUUUUUCAUGUUAUAUGGAAGUUGUUGCUAAGAAACAUAUAUACUGAAAAAAAUAGCUUUUUAACUUUGUUUGCACUGGGUGUGUUUCCGUCCUUAGGUCUACCAUGUUUGGGAGGGAGGGAAAUUCAAAAGAAUUGUUGGGGGAGGGGGGAGGGAAGACUUGACGGAGCCUCACUUUAAAAACAAAACAAAAAAAAACACAAAAAACCUAAAAAAAAAGGAAAACAUUUGUGAUUGGCUGGUUGAUAAAUACCAGUGUGUUCUGGCACAUGUAACUGCCCAGGCAUGCUCGUUCUGGUAUGUGUGUGCACGUGUGUUCAUGUGCAUUCGCGUGCAUCCUUUCUGUCUCUGUGUGUGUGCCUGUGUCCCGCCCUCCUCCCUCCCCACCCCGAUUUCUCAGAAAGCUGCAUUGCUGACCGUCUGCGGGCUGGCUGGCCGGCCAUCUGCUUUUUAUUUUCUUUUCUCUUGAAACUGAGAACACACAAAGCACUGGGAACCACUGCGACUGAAGCCACUCCAUGGGGCUGCGUUAAGAUGAACAGAGCGCUUUUUAAUAACUAAAGCAGAGAGCUCCCUCCCAGUGCAGACGAGCCCGACUGUGCGCUGUCUCUGGCUUUUCUUUUGACCCAGCAGUAGAGCGGAGCACUGCCAAGUCCAUGAACCCAGGAGAGCAGGAGGUGCCUCUUUCUGUUCUGCCACCGAGUGGCCACCAGGCACACCUGAGUACCUGUGACGUCCACGCAGGCCAUUGUGUUAGUUUGAACGGGAACAGAAGAGAAGAGCGUCUUUAAUUAUGUGAUGUCCCCACAGGAGGGAAAACUAUGUUCCCUCUUGGAUAUGUGGUCAGGUAUCAGAAAUCCAUCCAAAAAAUCAGGUGAAUGCUGAGUUAAAUGGUUGUGUUGGUUCUCUCUUCACUCGAUGGAAGCAGAAAACACUAAGUUGUGGACAGCCUCCGGAAAGCUCCCGCAGCUCCUCCCUCUGCUCUGGCUGGGCGGCGCCGGGCGUAGGCGUGGUACAGGCCAUUGCUGACAGAGAUGUUUACCUAACGAAUGUCCUUAAGCCAGUGUGUACUCCACACGUUUCCUUUUGUCUCUCUGUGUAUUUCCUGUGUAUGUGGUUUUGCUUAGGCAGGUAUAACUUAGCAGAGACAUUUAAGUAUUGCACCUUUUUUUUUUUUUUUGGUUUUGACCUCUUUUUUCCCCUACUUUGUACUGUUGCUUUUAUUUUAUUUUAUUUUUUUUUUUGUAUUUAAAGGUUUUGCUUUUGUUUUUGUUUUUUAAGCAUCAAUGUAGUAGUACUCUGGGCCGAACAGGGGGCAUUUAAUCCACAGUUACCACCAACAUGUAUGUACUCACGUUGGAAUCCAAAUGUAUCAGACUGCUCAUGGUGAAGAGAGUGACGGCAGACCUGAAGGGGUCCCCCUUGAGACAAAGCCGAUGGCUGGCGGGUGGGGGACGCGUGCCGGCGACCUGCGAGCACUCACGCGGACGGCCAGGUCUGCAUUCUCCUCUCUGACAUCAAGUGCCCACAUUCUGUACCAGCAAACACCUGCCCAUUCCAGCCCUUGGUGGGAGCAGACCCCCGUCCUCCGUACCUUGCUGCUAGUGAGGACGAGGGAGUUUUCCUUAGCAUGUUCAGUGAAGGAUACAACAAUGCCUAAUGUAUUUCCGCUUCCGUCUCUGUGUAAGUGGGUGGUUGGGUGCAUAUAGGAACAGACAAAAAGGCAUUAUUUGCAUGUUAGUGACUUUGCGAGACAAAGAAUGGGAAAGUCUGUAGUCCUUGGCUUACUUAACCUGUUGACUACAGACCUAGCCUCACAAGAGAUUGACAGGCAUAGUUCGAGCGAGCACGUCCAUCCAAGUCUGCGUGAGCCUUUUGUGGGUCAGUGGUCAGACUCGAGUCUGCAGCAUUGGUUUGGUCCCACGGAUGCCUUGUUGAACGCUGAGCGUGCCCUCCUCCUGCUCACCGGUUUCUGUCACCACCACACCUCUUCCACCUCUGCCUCACACCGAAAGUCUCCUUCUGGCCGCACUGGCUGCUCUCCGUGCGUGGUGGCCCCGGGUGAAGCACGGCUUCUGUUCAGACAUCUGCAGAAGGCUGCAUCUUAGUGUCCCUGGGCCAGGAGCAUGCCCUGAGGCUCCCUGGAGCCUGAGGUGACAUCCACUGAUGCUCUUGGUUCACUGCUGUGUCCUGGCCCCCCCCUCCCCCCGGCCUGUUGGUCCCUUGACCUGCACUAUGGGUUAGUUGAGUUCCUUACGAUACUACGGUGAAUGCCGGGUGCUAGAGCCCCUCUGUUUACAAGACAUAAUGAGGGAUUUGAAAUAUGUAAAAAUAAACACGAGAAGCUAAAAUGUUCUUCCAUCAUAAGCUUAAAGGGAAAAAAACUAAAAACUUAAAAAAAAGACCAAAAAGUGCAUAUAUAUAUACAUAUAAAUAUAUAUUUUAGAUGAAGACUAACUCUGGGAGCAUUUAACAGUGUUUUUUUGUUUUUGUUUUUAACAUUUAUUUUCCUGCUUUAAAAUUUGCAAGCAUUCUCAGGAAUUCUAGGGUAGGAAGCCAGUUUUUUGAAGAUGGUUUAUUUAACCAUAUCUUAUCCUAGAUAGAUGGCUGUUUCUUUCCUGUUAAUAAACUUUUACAAGUUCCUGAAACUUCAGAAAGUUUAAAAAAUUUUUACUUAAAAAAAUGUAAAAAGAAAAGUCUCCAAAUGUUAUUGUCAUACUGGGGAAUCACACAUUUUAAAACACAUAGAAAGAAAUAUUUUUUAAAAAUUAUCAAUUUAGCAGCAACAGGUUAAAUUCAUUAUCUUAAACACGGGAGAAGGAUUACACUUUUUAAGAGCUGCAUCUUGGACUCAUUGCAAUUGUGUGCGAUUUAGCGGGAGAGUGUUUGGUGCCAUAAAUGGGAAUGCUGUCACCGUGUUCCUUCCCAUUUAAGACUGAGCUAAAAACUCCCCAAGUGAUUUUUAUUUUUCUAAAGAGGCCCUUCUCCCUCUCCCACUGCCCAACCCCAGCAACAAAAGAAAGAAACAACAGCUUAAAAAAUCUGUAAAAAUAGUACAGUUGGAUUGCUGAGAAUAUGUAAAGAGUUAGGAAAUGAUAGGUUAAUAAUUCUUGGAACAAAUUUUAAAUAUAGGCAUUACUAGAGGAAAAUGAUCUAUGGACUGUUCCAUUAAUGAAGAAUGUCUGUCUUCCUCCACCUGUUACUGGGGGAGGAGACCAUACGGAAGAAUCUAAUAAGGAACAAGUGGUUUUGCUUUCUUAGCUCCCAGCUACUGUGUGUUCAUUGUAAUCGCUGUCCUGAGGAUCUGCUGCUGAAUUCUCCCCAUCCCUCAGCCAGAGAUGUGGAGUAUCUCCUUUCAGUUUUUGGCAACAUAUUCUAUAUUCCCCUCCCUGGGGCCAGGGGUCAGAAUUCCCGAACAUGACCACAGCUUCUUUGAACAUUAAGCUUCCCAGUGGGAAAGAAACUCCAGCUCGACAGGUAAGGGAGCGGGUGGGGCUGCUGCCUGCAGUUUCUCUAAAGCCGCUUUAGUGCCUUCGUACAUACACCCAGACGUCCUGCACAGGGGUGGGCCAGCCGCUCCGCACGCGCUGAGACGCUUGUCCGUGAAGGAAGGUGGAGUGGUUCUGGACAGGCCCCCAGAGGCAGUGGGCUAACCUUAAAAGAAGCAAACAGAAAUCAAGAAAGUUCAGAAUGGUUUUAUAUCUGGACAACGCAGGAUGGCACGUCCCUUCCUGGCGUCGUGUGCCCUGCGUACUGUGCGUCGGCUUCCCCGGCGUGUCGUGGAGCGGCCACGGUGACUGGAAAGGCGCUCUCUGUGGGGCCAGCAGGAAGGGGUUCCUGGAUUUCUGCUGUUUGCAUCCUUGGGCUCCUCACUCUGUCCUUGCCCCCCACCCCCACCCCUUGUCAGCUUGCUGGAAGCUUUGCUUUGUUGGUUGGCAGUGACCUAAGAGCAGGCUAUGGGAAGGGUGUUGUGGAAGAGGGAAGCUCCUUUCUGUGGCAGGAGCCUCGUCUGCUGAGAGGUCAGGUGGCUGCAGUGUACUGAAACCCAGUGGGAGGGGUUUUCUGUCCCACCUGGUUCUGGCACAAGUGGAAGGGCUUUGCUGGUCACCCUCAUUGCAUAGAGUGAUUUUAUAUCAACAGUUUGAUCAUGUAAGUUUGAGCUUUACAGUUUCGACUAGUUCCUGUUUUUUGUUGAACACUUGAUUUCUAGUGGCAGGAGGUGUGUGCAUCUCUUAAACAUCACAUUCUGUCCACCUGAUGAGUAAGCCAAAAGACAAGAUGCGCUCUCAGGUGAGGUGGUGUCUGCCACCAGACGGGACCUCUGCUAUGAGGUACAUCCAGUGCCAUGAACUCACUUAGGUGUUCAGAAACAAGACACUGUGAAGAAAUGGAGGGCCUUGUGACAUCCCUGGCCCCUCGGUCCCUGACCCCUGUAGCUCAUUUGCAACAUUCACAGGAGUUGAUUUAGCAAAUUCUUUCAUUCAUCGCUGUCCCUACAGCAAGUCAGCUCAGCUUGGUUUUCUGUUCUGUGACUCCUGUUGUAAGCCUUUUCCCACCUCUUCUGACGUGAAUGUAGCACUCGUCAGCAGUCGGUUCUUCCAUGCUCCUGUGGGUUGAGUGGUCUGUAAGGCAUGCAUGGGGACAAAAAAGCAAGAACAGAGAAUCCUGCCUCAGCAUUUGGAAACGCCUUUAUUAAUCUAUGACAAACUAGAAGUUGGUAGGCUAUUAACUUGUUGCAAACACUCAAUCUCACCACCUUUGCUGGAGAGGGUGAUUGGGUUAUAGCCAGAUUCCAUUUUGACCUCAGAUGCUGUGUACUUUUUAAUUUUAUAUGUAUAUAUUCUGCCAUUUUGACUUUUCUCUUAACCAGAAGCAAAAUGUCCAUGUGCAGAGCAAACUGCUGAGACCAAGGCUGUUUGUCUGCCGAGUUCAGCGGGUGUUUUCAGCAAACCCCGGCUGUAACGGACAUCUCUAAGAUAGGGAACAACUGAGUGUUUCUGUCAAAAAGGUCCCGUUCUUCCUCACCCUCAGAGUGAACAUUCAACAUGUACAGCUUUGUAGGUUAUUCAUUUGCAUUUCGGUUUCUUCUGUUUUGUAAGUAUCUAUAAUGUCUUCAGCUAGGAGCAGAGACACAUUUUUAGCUGGUUACAAAAAAAAAUCAGACUUUCUCCUACAGUGUUUUUUGCCAAGUUUUUUCACAUUUCAUGUCUAUGCAUUAACUAUACUUGGUGUUACUGCAAAAACAAAUUGUUGUUCUUUGUGUUUUUCUUCCUGUGGGCAUACAACUAGGGCCACAUGUGAUAGUACAGAUGAAGAUCUUCUGGCCUGUGUGUGUACAGUAAUUUGUCAAUCUGAAGACCUCAGCAGUCAUUCAGAAAUUAGGGUGUCCCAGUCCCUGCUGCACACCACGCCACACCACCGUGCACCCUUUUGCUUCCUUGUCUGCACAGACGCCGUCUGUCCACACAGCCUAAGAACAGAUGCACACACAGAGUGCCGGCAAGGUCGCCGUCACUCUGUAAGCAAAUGUAGACAUUAUCUGCAUUUCCUGCAUUUGCACACGACCCAUGAGGCAGCCUGGGCUGUGGCUAGUGCCAAAGGUGGACUCUCAGAGGCAGGCCCCCUUUUGUCAGUGGUAGUGGUUUUUCCUUGACCUUAAAUUUGACUGAGGGGGGCUGCUAUCACUUUCCUCAGAUCUGAAAUCAAUCUGUGAACAUAGUAGAAGCUUCAUAAUCAUUGGGCAUCAACCCUCCCUAACCUGCCCAUAACACUGCCCCACUCCUGUACCCCAUGCUGCCAGGGAGAGACCGUGGCCAUCUCCAGGAUGGCAAAGGGCAGGCAUUGGUCAGGAGCCGGGAGCUGCCCCUGCGUCCUCGCUGUCCACACGUCCAGGUGCGGUCGCCCAGACGGGACUGCAGGCCCUGCCAGCGCCUGCCUCACGGAAGUUACAGUUCCCUUUCCACUUCACCAGACACCUGGAUUUGUUUGUACCAAGAAACUGCUCCCCAGGAAAGAUGGUACGAUCCUGACUGAGGGGUUUCUGAAAAGCUCAGUCAUCGGUUCUUCAAUGUGCAGACGCUUGUUUAAAUAAACAAGAAGCAGUAUCUCCCUAAAGCACUUUGUGCCUCAACUUGACUUCCAAGCUGUAAGAGUGCCCCGUUGCAGCGGACCCAUUUCUAGCCCAAACCGGAAAGACGGAGUUGCUCCUCCGUGAGCGGCAGCGGAAGCUCAGGCCCCGCGAGGCAGCCUCGGGAACGCACACGCUUUCCUCUCCUGACCGCCGGGCCUGGCCUCGCGCCUCCUCCGGGGCUGCUGAGAGGGUGCGAGGAGGAGGGGACAGUCCCAGUCCCAGUCCCGAAGGAGGAGGGGCGCUGAUGAAAACUGAGACCUGUGGAACCCUUCAAGGAGUGACCUGCCUGGUAAAUGUAGUCGUGCCGUUCCUCACCGCGCGAUGCGUGUAGGCGUACUUCUUGCCAGAAGCGUUGAGAUGAGAUAGAGAGGCUGUGUUGAGAACACUGCCCUGUCCCCUUCUGUGAUGUGGACAUGGGGUUAAGUGUAGUAUUUCUGAAUGUGCCUUGUGAGUCCAGAGAGCGUCUUGUAGGGAGAGACUUGAGAUACAACACUCAGCUCAGUCUGGCGGGAGUGGGGUGGGGUGGGGCAGCUGUUGCAUUCUCAUUAGCAUCAGUGUCGCACAGUGCGGACUUGGGUGGAAGGGGGUCCUGGGACGUGGCAGAGCAGAGAGACCCAGGUCCCCUCCGAGCGUGGGAUGGACUUGGGCACUGCAUUACCUCGUUUCCUCCUGUGCUUGCGCGUGUGCGUGGCUGUCUGUAAGCACCGGAGAAGGGAAGGGGGCGUACCUGUGACAAAUCCAAGCGUGGGGAGAAGGCGCUCUUAGCAUCUGCAGUGCAGGGCAGGCGGCUCUGGGUGCCCUCUGAGCCGGUGUCCCGGGAAGGCCGGGCCUUCCCUGUUGCUGUCUGUGCACACGGGAGAGAAGGAUUCUAGUUAGCUUAGCCGCCUGCGCUGUCCCUUGCUUGUUUUAUUCCGUUCUCAACAGUUCCUCCUCUUCUCCCCACUCCUGUCUUCUAAGGAAAUUCCCAGCGAAUGCAAAGGGCCAUUUCUGUAGCUCCUCAGAGCACCCCAAAGAGGAAAACCUCCCUCCCACUUCACCCAGGAAGGUGAAGGGAGGGGGCUGCCUGCCGCUGGCUGUGCCUCACUCAGUCCCCUCUACUGGCCUUGAAAUGGAUUAUUAUGCAAAUGUGAAUUUUGAUACUGAAUUUAAGAGGUUCUUGGAUUUUCUUUUUUCAAAAAAAAGGGGGGGUCCCACAUGUGGUCAUCAUCGCUUCUUUAUUUUAUAAGGUGAAUUGUGACUAUGCAUCCUGUGAGGGGAGGAGCGGGUGGAGAGGGGAAGGAAGUGGCUUUGCACCCCUGUUCUCCAGUUUCUGUGUCCAUGGUAAUCCCCAUGUCCUGGAGGGGAAGGGAGUGGAAGUGGGUGAGGGGAGGUAGAGAGAGGCCUCUGAGUUCCCCUCUGUGGCUGGCGUAGCGCAUUCCCGGGGCCUGUGGUCCCGUCCGCCAGGACAGUACAGGGCUCUUGGUCCCAGCCACGUAGUGUUAGCCCAGUGUGCAGUGGGACCCCAAAGGCUCCGGUGUUCUCUGGGAAAAGUUCUCAUCCUUUCCUGACUCCAGACCCUUUCAAGCUCAGGAAACCAUGCCUCACCCAGGCUGACCUCCAGGUUCAUCCUUACAGCAACUUUGGAAAUCCCCCUUCUCUCCUUUUUCAUCUUUGCUUUCUCUUUUUGUUUUAAGUCAUUUUAAAGUGAACUCACGCUUAAUUACUAGGAAACUGUCCUGCUCUGUAGGGGAGAGGGCUGUUGCCCAACAGGCAAACGAGGGUUCUCUUCCCCCGCCAAGACCCCGCCACUGAUGGGCUGGCCUGGGAAUGUCCCCUUCUUGUUGGUCUUGCCUGUGGUUAAUCAGGACACCGGCCUCGCUCUGGCCUCGGCAUUGUUGGCAACACAGAGUAUCCUAAAGAUCUGCGUUCAGUGUUCUCCACACAGCCAUUUCCGUUGUUGAUGUUCACAGUACUGUAACGAGCGACAGACUUGACACAGUCUCCUCGUGCCGUGCAGGGCUGCACAGGCAUGAUCUUAUCAGGGUUCCAAUCUGUUAGAUUGCCUUUAAACAAAAUAACAAAACAUACACAAAAAAUCCUGACGUUUCAACUGUCUAACACAAAACAAUACCUCGAGGUCCCCCCCACCGCAAACCCCCGACUCCUCACUCCUUCCUGACACUAGUGAGUUACCCUUUUUAAAAUACGAACGUGUGUAAAUAGCAGGAUAACUUUAAAAGCAUUUUCUUUGCUGUGAAAGUAACCCCAAAUAUAUGAUUUACUCAGUUUUGUUUUAAGCCAUCGGAAGUUUCAGAUCUCACUCUUUCAUGUUUGAGCAGCCCAGCAGAGCAGGUCCGCGGAGUGGGUUUGCGUUUGUGGUGGGGGUGGGGGUGACAGCAGACCAGGACCUGAACCCUGUCCUAAGCAGGUGCCAUCCAGUCCCAGGGUGGGGAACGUCUGACUCUCUCUCCAGCAGGCCCUUCCCCUCCAGGGAAUCCAGACCUCGUGCUCCCACCAUCUCUUGGUUCAGACACAGGACGCGCGCACACCCCUUUCAUAACCCUCAUCCUGCAGUAUGCAGAGGGAUUGAGCCCCUGGCAUCUCAGUCUGCGCGGUAGGCUUCAAGGCCUUGUUGCUCUGGAAGCGUGCUGAGUCUCCCCGAGGGCUGCCUGCAUCCUAGACCUUCCUCCCGCACGCACGAAGCCGAGGGAAAUACGGUUAGCAAAUGCCAGCCGCUGCUCGCCUAGAAUUGGGCACCCACAGAGCAGGGCAGCAAUGGGUCAUCGGCAUCGCUCUUUCUUCACAAACCGCUGCCCCCUUCCCUGUCUCUUCAGACAGACCCCCUAGCAUGAAGAAGUCCCUUUCGUUUGAUCUCCGCACCUUGUAUAGCGACGACUUCCUUUGAGGGAGGGAGCUUGAUUGUGAGUGCAUGCGGAUUGUCCACCCGCCUUCUGACCGGGCCCCUUGGCCUGGGUUUUAUUUCUGUUGUUCAUCGGAGACCCUUUUUCCAUCACAUCCUUCGUCUGUCCCCUCAUUUCCCUCUGGCGCUCCCAAAGGGCUUUGCUGAUCUCUGCACUUCUUUCCUGGGACACCCCCACUACCACCCUUUGCACACACCAGUGACCAAAGUGUACGCAGUGAUCUCACAGAAGACAUCAAAAAUGGUGCAUGCACCGUGAAUGUGCUCACAGAGACACGUGCACAAGACUCUGCACCCUUGGCCUUAAUCUCAGAGUGACUUAAGGUGCAGGAACAUUUUUAACAGGUUUUAAAAAAAUAAAAAUAAAUAAAAAGCAACCCUUUUGGAAGGGGAAAAAAAAAAAGAAAGCAGAUGCAACAGCUCACCUGUGCCCGCUCCUGGCUUCCCACUGCCCGCUCACCACUUCCGUGCCCGCCCCACCGCAUCCUUGCUUUGCGUAACCAAAAAAGAAAAAAAAAAAAAAAAAACACAGACAACAAAAGCGACCUGAGGAAAGGUUUCUGGACUAUUUUAUCCUCCUCCAUUUAGAUGGAGAAAUAAAUGCUGCUUCGAGUUCCAUAAUCCUAGGGGGCUAUGUUUACAUAGUAAAACAAAUACAUCCUACCAAAUCAGGAAACAGUGAAUAUGGGAGUCACUUCAGUGAGAGGUCCCUGCUGGUGACCCAGAGAUGGAGCCGACUGGGCGGGGGGACAGAGGAGGAGAGGUAGGGAAGCCCUUCCAGUGACCGGUGACAAUGCCCUUCCUCCUCUCCUCCCUUCACGUCUCUCUUGCCCCCUUUAAACAGACGGUGCAGAGAAGGGCAUCAAACAGGCUGGAUUUUCAAAGGCAGCUUUUCCAACUUUGCACACCAACAGGUCACAGGAAGGCACAGCAAAAACCCUCUCAUCUGAGACACUGUCGGCAGAAACAAAACCUGUAAAAAUGACUACAUAGCUGCACAUAUUGACGCGCUCUGCGAGUUACCUAUAAGUGUUGUGUUUUUCUUAUACUUGAAAUAGCUUUUACAAUAUAAUUUUGGUGGCUUUCUUUCCUCUCUUGUGACGGGCAAUUGAAAAGGCGGAUGAUGGGAAUUGAGUACGCUGGGUGGGGGAGAAGGGAGGGUGGACAUGGCAUUGUCUCUCUCUCUCUCUCUCUCUCUUUUAACAUAGAGGUUUAAUCAAACUCGCAUGUGUUGAAGCGGCUCCUCAUAUUAACCGGUUUUACAUGGACACAGAAACUAGGCACUUUACAGGUGCACUUGCACGGCAGGCUGGGCCCCCUUUUCUAUAUUUUAUUUUACUUUUUUAGUAUAGUGGUACUUAAAAUCACUGGUUCACUUAAAAAACAAUAAAAUGUUAAACUCUACUAAUGUACAAAUAAGCUGAAAAGUUGCAUUUUAUGUGUAUUUUUUGCCAUAGCAGGUACUGUAUUUCUCAUGCUGGAUUUCAAAAAAAAAAUCAAAAACAAAAAAAACUAAAGGGUGGUGUUUUAUUGGAUUGUGACAGGUUGAGUAAUAAGGAACUAAGUCGUCGUCAUUUCAUUAAAGCUGAGAGAUGAUGUAAUGCAUAUAUAAGAGUUUUCUGAAGGGUUUUUUUGGGCUUUUAAACAGCUUAUUUUUGUUUUUGUUUAGUUUUUUAUUUUAUUUUAUUUUGGAAAGAUAUGAUUGUAUUAUGUGCAACUCAGUUGCUUACAUUAUAACUACAAAAUAUUUUUGGGUUCCUGGAAAAAAAAAAGAAAAAAGACUAAUAAAUGUGUUUGGCUGCUAAGCA